AUGAACGAACAACAGAAGUAUGUAUUUGAUACUCUUAUGAAAGUAACAAAUGAUGAAACUGGAAGAAUUUACUUCUUAGAUGCACCUGGUGGUACAGGAAAAACUUUUUUGAUUUCAUUGAUAUUAGCAACAAUUCACUUACAAAAUAAAAUUGCACUUGGACUCGCUUCGUCAGGAAUCGCAGCAACUUUGCUUAAAGGUGGUCGAACAGCCCAUUUAGCAUUAAAAUUGUCAUUAAAUAUGCAAAGCAAUGAAACUCCAACCUGCAACAUUUCGAAGAAGUCUGAAAUAGCAAAGGUUUUGCAGCAAUGCGAAUUGAGGAUAUAUAAAUCAGUUGAUCCGGCUACUAACCAAGAUGAUGUCGUUAACUAUUUACCGCUAAAUUUGGCGAUAAAAAAAUUAGUAAACAACGUGAUAGAAGCAACUAUAUUAAAAGGAAAAUAUAAAGAAGAUGUUUUGAUACCACGCAUCCCAAUGAUUCCACUGAUGUACCAUUUGAGUUUAAACGACUACAGUUUCCAGUGCGGCUUGUUUUCGCUAUGA